UGUGAUGUAUUCACUUCCCUGCGCUCAGAAAGCAGAACUGUUCUUACCGUACUUUGCCCUGGUUUGGUCUUUUCAAGGGGGAGUGGCCAGAUGAGAUCUGAGAAAAUGGACCUCGAGCUCAGACCACAACUUCCCCCUCUUAGCUAACCAUGGCUUUGAGGUGCAGCAGCCUGCUAUUGGCGGUCAUUUCUCUGUGGGUGACUUUGGGUCGAGCCGAGGCUUUUGGGGAAUGUGAGCUCUGCUACGUGCUGGAUGGUAUUCUGUUUUUGUACGGCAUCAUCCUGACCGCCCUCUACUGCAGACUUAAGAUCAGCAGUGCUAAGAAGUUUGCAGUUAAAAAGAAGCAGACUGCGAAAGAAGAGGUAUACACGGGUUUGACACCUCAUGCCGAGGACACAUACACCACAAUUGGCAUAAAGCAGUGACGAGAAAAGAGAAUGUAUAUUUUUUAUUUUAAACUUUGCAAUGUAAUUAGAGCUUUUAAUGCAUGUGAUUAAUCACAAAAAAAUUGAUUAAUCAUGCAGAUUAAUCACGCAUAUGCACCUUUACAUUAACUGCCGAUGGUUGCCUGAAAGGCGCAGUGUGUUGUUCUAUGGUCUUUGAUCAGGUCAAUGCAUACUCAGCAUGAAGAUGAGUGAGGAGACUCCAACUGUUGUGUUCAAUGACAGAUUUCAUUUCAAAAUAUGACUGGACUUAAGAUAAAACUAUUUCAAGUUUUGAGCAAAUCAAAGAUGUGGAUUGAAGUAAAACAUUUACAAAAUGUUUGUAUGACAGUCUGACAAUAUAAAAUUGCAUUGUGUCAAAAUAUGUGAAAGUUAUUUGAAAUUAUGCAAGCAACAAAUUUUCUGCGAUUAAACACAAUGUAUUCAAUGUGUAAUCAAUCUAAUUAAAAUCAUCGUUUGACUGCUUUUCUUUAA